AGUCCUCUAAUUAGUAAUCUAAUUAGGGAGUUGCAGCGAAAACCCGCGUACACAGCAGUCCUUUGUGGAUAAGAUUUGGUACCCCUGCUCUAGAGGAACACCUGAGAUGCUGAUGGGAUACAGGCUGAGAGUAAUGACAGAUCAUAAGCUCUUUAAGGCAGUCUUGGUGAAUUAGUAACAGCAGUAUAUGAACACAACAGAACUUUUAUUUUGAAGCCUAGUUGAGUUUCUUCUCAUAAAAUGCUUGUGCAUUCCUCCCCCCUCAAUCCUGGCCUUGAGUGACUCUGGAAUAAAUGUCCAUGCAGAAAAAUAGCUGAGAAGCACUCAGUAGCGUGUUCCUGGUUGAUGUUACACCUCUGUACUCCUCCCACUGCAGAAGAAUAUUCUGGAGUGCAUCUUUCUAAAGAGCAUCCAUGUAAAGUGUGUUCUUCUACAGAAGAUCAAUCUUCAGUCCUCUCAUUCACAGCAGAUGACGCUGCAAUAAUUGCAGUAGGUCGAUCUAUAAAUGAUACUCUGCUCCAGAGGAUGUCUAUACUGCAGCGUCAGCCAUUCAGGAUGUUCUAUAAGCCCGUUCUAGGUCAUGGACAGUUUCAGCUGGUCCACCGGUCUGAGGGAACUGAGGGUGUUUCCAGCAUCUGCGGGAAUUGCACUAAUGAGAUCCAGCUUGUGUUGACACCGAGUGGCAGGUCUCUGAGGCGAUCGUGAACGUGCGGCGUUCUUCUCCAGCUGUACUCCUGCCAUCAGACUGGAGUCGAGAGCCGUCUGAGUUAACAAGGGCAGCUAGUUUCAGGCAGUGCUAAUGAGGGUGUUCAUCUCCUUCUGGCAGCAGAGGAAGGGCCGGGUGGCCUGAUUCGUGUUCCAGGUCUGCUGGACUUGCCUAGCCUGCUGUGGAGCUUCUGCCUGGGCUGGGGCUGGGGCUGGGGGUGGUUUAUGCAGCGAGCCUCACAAAAGCAUAAGGUAGCGUGGCUUCCUGUUGUGGGUGGUAUGGUGGUGCAUUUGUUAGCACUGUCGCCUCACACCUCCGGGACCAGGGUUUGAGUCUCUGCCAUGGCUCCAUGUGUGUGGAGUUUGCAUGUUCUCCCGAGUCGUUCUGGGGUUCCGUCUGGGCACUCUGGCUUCCCCCCACAGUCCAAAAACAUGCUGAGAUUAACAGGAGCUGCCAGGUUGCCUGUAGGUGUGCAUGUGUGACUGCCCCGUGUGACGGGAUGGGAUGGCAUGGCACUGCGUCCUGGGUUGUUCCCUGCCAUGCGGCAUAGCCUCAGGCUCCGGACCCUCCGAGAACCUGAAUAGGAUAAGUGGUUACAGAAAAUGUGUAGAUGGCUUUCUGCUGCAACGCCACCUAUAUUGAGCUGCUCCGGCUAUAAAAUAGGCUCUCAGUAUGGCCGCUCUCAACGACUUUCAGAAAUAUUAUACUUGGCUACACAAGGUAAGCACCACACUAUUUUUUGUUUUCGAACACUUUGCUUGCCCUCUUAGAAAAGAGCAGAAUGUGUUGAUAUUCUCACAAGGACAAAAGAUCUUCUGUUCCAGUAAGAAUUCCAGUCCCACGCCAAGAGUGAGCGUAGGGCCGCUCCAUGCGGAUAGUCGUCCCGCGGCCGUGAGCUGCGGUGUUUCAGUGAACGUGCAGUGAGUUGAGGUAGGAGCACCUCAGGUCCAAAGUGUGAGCAUCAGCCACCUGUUUGUGUCCCUGCAGGGGAACCUCGGCCCCCCCGUCUCCGGCGAGACGUGUCAGGAGUGGCUGGAGCACCUCGAGAGCGACCGAGCAUCCCUGGUCCUCCAGGUCAGCGUCCUCACAGACCAGGUGGAGGCCCAAGGAGAGAAGAUCAGGGACUUGGAAAGCAGCCUGGAUGAGCACCAGAACAAGCUCACCUCCACCGAGAAGAUGCUGCAGCAGGAGCUGCACAGUCGGACAUUGCUUGAGUCACAGAAGUUGGACCUGAUGGAGGAGGUCUCCUUCCUGAAGCUGAAGUUGGAGGGUAUGGAGGAGGAGCAGAGGGGCAGUGACAGCAAGCAGCACAAUGCCAAGGUCUUACAGCAGCAGCUGCAGCUUUUGAAGGACAAGGUGGAGGAGCUGGAGGCUGAGAAAUCCCAGUGUGAAAGAAAGUUAUGGGCAACAAAGGCGGAGGUCAGCAGGCUGCAGCAGCUGCUAGCUGCCAAGGAAGUGGAGAUAGAGAGCCUGCAGAGCCAACUUCUGUGCAGGGCUAGCUGGUCUUCAAAGGCUAAGGGAACAGAUGAGGAAUUUGAAAGGCUGAAAAUAGGAAUGGAGGCGCUGUUAGCUGCAAAUGACAAAAAGGACCGCUUCAUAGAGGAACUCACUGCACUGCUCCGGACGUACGGCAAGAACAUGGUGGUGGAUCUUACCCAAAGGCAAGGUGACAGCACUGUGACUGGAAGCAGUGAAGAGGAUCUAAGUGGAACCCGAGGGACAUGGGUCCUCCCCGCUGAGAGGCCCUCCAGCACCUCUUCAUCUAGCCGACUUCCCUACCCACAAGAGGAGCAGGAUCUGGGCUCCAGGAGCUCUCCAGUGUCCCCUGGCAAGGUCAGCCUCCAGAACUGCGUACGAUGGGUACAACCAAGGAUAUUGUCCAGUAGUUUGGAUAAACUUCAGAGCGGAUCUUCACAGAAGCACAUGGCAGGAGAGCCAAUACAGCCGGUCCUCUCAACGGAGAGUCACCAGGCAGACGGCCACAAGUGUCAGACCCUCCCUGGGCGACUGUGUCCACCUGAGUACCCCGGAGGGGGGGUGGAGAGCCUCUCCUCAGCCCCGAGCACAAAGGAGCGGAACAUGAGCCGUAAGAAAUUGGGCAACAUAACCUCUGACCUCGCAUCCGUGACCUCUGGACUUGACUCGGGGUGGCAGUCUCCCGUGGAUUACUCCUCCAGCUUGAAGCGGCUUUGGGGAAGGAUCCGUAGGACACAGUCCGGCACUCUGCCCAGUGAGGACCCAGAGCCGGCCCCCUUUCGCAGGGGGGGGCUGCGUGCCACAGCCGGCCCGAGGCUGCUUGGCAGCAGCGUCACUCUCAAUUCCGACCAGGUCAAGGAUGCGCCCUUCGCUCAGUGGAGUCCGGAGCAGGUGUCGAAAUGGUUGGACGACGUGGGUCUGGGCCAGUACCGAACCAUGGCCAGUCACUGGGUCAAGAGUGGCCAAACACUCCUUUCUGCUACCCCCCAUGACCUGGAGAAGGAGAUGGGUCUCAAACAUCCCCUACACAGGAAAAAGCUGCAGCUGGCCCUCCUGUCCCUCAGCAACCCGGCGGCCGGGAGGUCAUCAGCGCUGGACCACACAUGGGUAACACGCUGGCUGGAUGACAUUGGCUUACCGCAGUACAAGGACCAGUUUAGCGAGGCGAAAGUGGACGGCAGGAUGCUGCAGUACUUAACUGUGAAUGACCUGCUGUUCCUGAAAGUCGCCAGUCAGCUGCACCACCACAGCAUUCGAUGGGCCAUCCGCGUGCUGCACGCCAACACGUUCGACCCCCACUGCCUGAAGCGUCGUCCCAGCGACGAGACACAGACUCAUCCAUCAGAGGUGGUGCAGUGGUCCAACCACCGCGUGAUGGAGUGGCUGCGAACAGUGGACCUGGCAGAGUAUGCACCCAACCUGCGGGGCAGUGGAGUACAUGGAGGCCUCAUUGUCUUGGAGCCGCAGUUUAAUUCCGACACGCUCGCAGCACUGCUUAACAUUCCCCCCCAGAAGACCCUGCUGCGGCGCCACCUGGCCACCAGCUUCGCCAGCCUCGUGGGACCCCACGCCCAGCGCCAGAAACAGGACUUUCUGCAGGGCCCUGGCCACACACCCCUCACUGCCACCACCAAAGUGCGGCCCAAGAAGCUUGGCUUCCCCACCUUUGGAAACCUGGGCAAGAAGAAGUUUGAUGAGGGUAUUCACUACAUUUGCCCCCCGGAUUUGCCUCCACUUGCCCUGAAUGGGGCUCCUGGAGGCCAGAGCCCUCUGAUGGACAGGGGGGCAGGGAGGCCAGAGCAGGACCUAACUCCACAGAUGACAGAGGUGAAGAAAUCCACAGUGCAGUCGCGGGCUCUCUCUCAGAGGACCAGCACUCUCUCUGUUGCUAAAGAGAGACCUUGCUGGACUCCUAACAGUGUUACCAGCAAGAACAUGGUGGUGCUGUGCAUUAAGGAAACAACACUCUAACCGAUCCCAUCAGACAAGUCUAGCUGGACCUGAACUGUUCCCCUCUAUCUUCCAUGAUUUCCUAUCUGCAUCUCGCUCUGCUUCACCUACAUCCUACGUCCAUCAUACCUCUCUGCAGUGUUACUCCCACAAAAUGUUACCUGUACGUACUCCUGCAUGUAGCGGAACCUAACCCCGGUUCUUCUUCCUGUACCGAACGGUACCUGUAGCUUCCCCUUCUCCAGUGUCAUCCUCACCUGCACCGAACACCCGCACCCCACACCACCUGCGCUGCCAAAGCAUUCCCAGUUCUGAAUAUUGAAUCACAGCAACUAUACAGUGGAGACUAACUGGGAGAAGCGUGGCCAUGCCUGGGCCCCAUGAAUAAGGAGUAAGGAGGAGAGUAAUGAAUGAGUAAGGAGGAGAGUAAUGUCACAGGUCCUCAUGAACUUCCAUCAUGGCUCACUAGGACAUAUCAGCUGACCAGACCCAGAAACUCUUCUUCAUCCUGGGCCAUGAACGUCCAAGCAGGAUCUUUUAGAUGAGGAGAACGGUGACACACAUCUGCCAGUACAUACUUUGCCGUUCUGUACUAAGUGGGUAACUGGCUGAUGCCAUCUACAGUUUAAGUAACAGGUAGUAGAAAAAAGUAUCUGUAAUGAAAUAAGAGAAGUCUCAGUGACAGAGUAUUCUGGUACUAAUGUGCUGCAGUGCUGUUCUGUAAAGUAAGUAAGUAAUGUGAGUGAGAGAGUAGAUGUGAUAACAGAAAUACUGUAGCAUCUUUUUACAGGAAAAACUAUUGGAGAGCUUAUUUUUCAAAUAAACCGACUAAUAUAUA